CUAACCAUAGAGAAGAUAGGUCAGCUGACUUUACUUUUAUCAUUGGUCUUGUGAUAAGUUGUAGUUCUCCGCCAUUCUCGGCCCGACUUUUCCAUCUUUAUCGUCUUAUAAGAAUAUAAAUUCAAAAUGGCGGCGCGGGCCAAUCUGAGGAUGAUUGCCACUGAAGAGAAUGAGGACCAGUUCGGUUAUGUGUUCGCCGUCUCCGGGCCCGUCGUAACGGCGGAGAAGAUGUCCGGGGCGGCUAUGUACGAGUUGGUGCGUGUCGGCUACAACGAGCUGGUGGGAGAGAUCAUCCGUCUGGAGGGAGACAUGGCCACCAUUCAGGUGUACGAGGAAACCUCGGGUGUCACCGUCGGCGACCCCGUGCUCCGCACCGGCAAGCCUCUCUCCGUAGAGCUCGGCCCCGGCAUCCUCGGCUCCAUCUUCGACGGCAUCCAGCGCCCGCUCAAGGACAUCAACGAGAUGACGCAGUCCAUCUACAUCCCCCGCGGUGUCAACGUGCCCUGUCUGUCGCGCGACGUGAGCUGGGAGUUCAACCCCCUCAAUGUCAAGGUCGGCUCGCACAUCACCGGCGGAGACCUGUACGGCAUCGUGCACGAGAACACGCUGGUGAAGCACCGCAUGAUCGUGCCGCCCAAGGCCAAGGGCACCGUCACCUACAUCGCGCCCUCCGGCAACUACAAAGUCACUGACAUCGUGCUGGAGACCGAAUUCGACGGCGAGAAGAACAAGUUCAGCAUGUUGCAAGUGUGGCCCGUGCGUCAGCCCCGCCCCAGCGCAGAGAAGCAGCCCGCCAACCACCCGCUGCUCACCGGCCAGCGUGUGCUGGACUCUCUGUUCCCGUGCGUCCAGGGCGGCACCACCGCCAUCCCCGGAGCCUUCGGCUGCGGCAAGACUGUCAUCUCGCAGGCGCUGUCCAAGUACUCCAACUCCGACGUCAUCGUCUACGUCGGCUGCGGAGAGCGUGGUAACGAGAUGUCUGAGGUAUUGCGGGACUUCCCCGAGCUGACCGUUGAAAUCGAAGGUGUGACCGAGUCCAUCAUGAAGCGUACCGCGCUCGUUGCCAACACCUCCAACAUGCCUGUGGCUGCCCGUGAGGCCUCCAUCUACACUGGUAUCACCCUGUCCGAGUACUUCCGUGACAUGGGUUACAACGUGUCCAUGAUGGCGGACUCCACGUCCCGUUGGGCGGAGGCGCUGCGUGAGAUCUCGGGCCGCCUGGCGGAGAUGCCGGCCGACUCCGGCUACCCCGCCUACCUGGGCGCUCGCCUUGCCUCCUUCUACGAGCGUGCCGGCCGCGUCAAGUGCUUGGGCAACCCCGACAGAGAGGGUUCCGUGUCCAUCGUAGGCGCCGUGUCGCCGCCCGGUGGUGACUUCUCGGACCCUGUAACCGCCGCCACCCUCGGUAUUGUCCAGGUGUUCUGGGGUCUCGACAAAAAGCUCGCCCAGAGGAAGCACUUCCCCUCCAUCAACUGGCUCAUCUCUUACAGCAAGUACAUGCGCGCUCUCGAUGACUUCUAUGACAAGAACUACCCCGACUUCGUGCCCCUCAGGACCAAGGUCAAGGAGAUCCUUCAGGAAGAAGAAGAUCUGUCAGAAAUCGUGCAGCUGGUCGGCAAGGCGUCGCUGGCCGAGACCGACAAGAUCACGCUCGAGGUCGCCAAGCUACUCAAGGACGACUUCCUGCAGCAGAACAGCUACUCAGCCUACGAUCGCUUCUGCCCGUUCUACAAGACGGUGGGCAUGCUGAAGAACAUGAUCGCGUUCUACGACAUGUCGCGACACGCCGUGGAGGCCACCGCGCAAUCCGACAACAAGGUCACGUGGAACACCAUCCGCGACGCCAUGGGCCCCAUCCUCUACCAGCUCUCCUCCAUGAAGUUCAAGGACCCCGUGAAAGAAGGCGAGGCUAAAAUCAAAGCGGACUUCGACCAGCUGCUCGAGGACAUGGCCGCCGCCUUCCGCAACCUCGAGGACUAGGCGCGGUCAGGAUGGCCGAACCUUCCGCAUCCUAUAGGACUAGGCGCGGUCAGGAUGGCCGAACCUUCCGCAUCCUAGAGGACUAGACGCGGUCAGGAUGGCCGAACCUCAACACGGCCCUGUUCAUAUUCCAUCCGUGGCGUGACGUCGCCUGUCCUAUAUAACCCCAUUAUAAUAUAGUGCUGCAGGUAGCUGUUAUAUGACAGUUUAACCUUUUGAACGCCUAAAACACCAAAGCGUCGUAACUGAUGAACACAUUCAAGUGUUAUGGCGUACGCUGUUAAAGUAACCUUUACACUUGCGUGUGAUCACUCACUAUUUAUGACGUGAUCAUUUAUUUAUGACGUAAAGCGUUCAAAGAGUUGUCGGCCCAACAGUUUUAUCUGCUUGUAGUGUUUAAUUUUAGCACUUGAAUAUACUGCACAAAAGUCUCCGGAUAGUUGACGCCACGCCCCGGAUCGUAGUCCUAAUUGUCUAUGUAGAGAGUGCAUAGGUUGUUAAGUACAUGUAUUACUUAUUUAAAGCUGUUGGGCCGCGUCCAUUGUAAAUAUUGUUCCCACUCGGUGCGUCGCACCAUCGGUUGAUUAGUUGUUAUUAUUAAAUAAAAUAUACUAUUUAUAUACACUAACUAUGAAUUAUUUUCCCGAUGAUAUUUUGUGUGAAUUUUCGAAAUCAAUGUAUCAAUCAAUGAAAUCCUCUUGCAUUCCACGUUAUAUUUAGAGUUAACGAUCAAAAUCGUGUUAACGCUUCAGCUCGCCGUUCUACGGCAGUUUGUGUUCAGUAUUAAGUCGGUUCCAGUUGUACAAAUAUUAACGGUUUGCUCGUAUUGCUCGAGAUUCUUGCUGUUUCGGCUCUGUGACGUUAAGUGUUGAGAGGAGACGAGAGUUAUAAAUAAUAAAUAUAUUAAAUAUUAA